AUGGACAGACUCAACAAUAACGAGCGGGAAGCAGUUCAGACACUGCUGGCAUUGCACAGUAGAUCAAUGCAGCCUUCGCAACUCGGCGUCGACGAGCGACAAGCACGAGAGGGACAACAGCAGAGUAUUCGCACGGGGAAUGGCAUGCAACUUCAACUCCGGAGGCCAAGGUGGCUUGCAAUAACUUUCAUAUAUCACGUCAUUCUUCAGCGACCGUCCACUACCCACCUGCGAGGCCUGAACCUAACCCAACACUUGGAGGAUACCCAGUUUGAAGCCCUGAUCUCGAGCUUGGCGGUGCCAGCAGAUGUGUUCACAUUUUUCUUGUCAGUAGAGGGCCCGGGUUUUAAAGGACGAGAGGAGAUCAGUCUGCUUGCUGAUAAGAACUAUCAGGAGCGAAGGUGGAGGUCGGCGGUAGCAUAUCUUGCUCAGAUGCCCGAGAAGGUUUCCAAGCUCGAUUGGCAAGGACAGGAUGAUACUAUGGUAUACGAAGUGAAUUUCGAGCUGAUUGGGCAUGACGAAGACUCGGGGAAAACUUGCGGCGAAGAGUUCGAAUUCACGAUUUGA